AUGUCUCUCUCCGACUCAAAGAAACGCCUUGCUCUCUCCAUAAUAGACUUCCUGUCCACCUCCCUCAAAGAUGGGACCCUGACUGCGGAAGAUGCAGACAACAUUGAGAUCGCCAGCAACUGCAUAGCGGAAGCAUUCAAAGUGGACCCAACGGACAAAGCAGCUGUAUCAGAAGCUGUCGGAUCCCAGUCUUUACUCAAUGUCUUUUCAGUUUAUGAAAAGCUCAAAGGGAGAGGUCCCUCGGCCGAAGCCCCUCCUCCAAGGCCCUCGGAGCCAGCAGCGAUCAACCCAGAGGCGGAGAAGCUCAAGAGUGCGGGAAAUGCAGCCAUGCAGCAGAAGGACUACAAGACUGCAAUUGAAAAAUACAGUGAAGCCAUUACCUUUGCGCCCACCAACCCAAUUUACCUGUCCAAUCGUGCGGCAGCUUACUCGGCCAGUGGUGACCACGCAUCGGCCGUCAAGGACGCUGAACUGGCCGUGGCGGCAGACCCGAAAUACACCAAAGCAUGGUCAAGACUAGGUCUGGCUCGGUUUGCCAUGGGCGAUGCCAAAGGAAGCGUGGAAGCAUAUCAGCAGGGAAUUGAUUUUGAGGGCAGUGGCGGAAGCGAAGCCAUGAGGAAAGGACUGGAGACGGCAAAGAAAGAACUUGCUCGCAUGGAAGCGGAAGAAGAAAAGAUCCCUGAAGAUGUCGUCGAUGAUGCCUCUGGUAAUACCAGGGGAGCUGGUGGCAUGCCUGACUUGGCCGGGUUGGCCAGCAGGUUCGGUGGUGGUCGAGGAGGUGGUGGCAUGCCUGACUUUGCCAGCAUAAUGAACAACCCCAUGUUUGCAUCGAUGGCCCAAAAUCUCAUGCGCAAUCCAGAAGCGUUGAGUGGCCUCAUGAACAACCCAACCAUCCAAAAUAUGAUGAAUUCCCGGCGAGAAGGAGGCGGUGGCAUGCCCGACUUGAGUCAAAUUCAGCAAAUGAUGCAAGAUCCCGCAAUUGCCAAUCUGUGA